AUGCAGGACUACCAUCAAUAUCGUCGUUUCAAUUUUCACUACUACCACCAUCAUCACCACCUCCUCUUCCUCCUCCUCGUCCUGUCAAUGUUGCAUUUGACAAGCACAGCCCCCACCUCUAUCAGCGGUGCCUCAACAGAGCUGCUACAGUUGCAGGGUCCACGAAACACCUCAGUAGAGCGUGGUGCUACGGCACGACUUCGAUGCCACCUUCUAGUUGCUGCGACGACCACGACAACAACACCCUCCCAUACCCCUCAUUCCAUCGCCACGCUUCGAUUUAUUCCUUGGCGAGCAUCAGCCAAUCAACGCCUCAGUGUUCAAUGGAACAUUGAUGGAUUCGGUUUUACGAAUGAGAGUCUUGUGGAGAGCUACGGGGAACGGUACUUCAUGCCAGGACCACUCAAUGAAGGUGAGUGCCUCAGCGGCCACCUCUUCGGGAUGGGCUGA